AUGAGACCGCUACGAUUUCUCGCUGGGCUCGUAUUGAUAAUCAACGCGAUCGGUCGAAUCGAUGCGGUCGACAAAUCGGCCAUGAUACUGGAAAAGAACGAGGACGCCGAGUCUUCGUCCGCAGGCACCACCACCAUCAGGCCCGUUGGAACCUCCAAUCAAAAGAUCGUCACGUCCAACAGUCCAGCGAAUUCGGCUUCCACGAGCGAUCAGGACAGCCCUGUGGACGAUUUAGCCGCCACCGUCCAAGCGGCGGAACAGACGAACCAGAAUCAGAAUAAUAAUUUAGGUAACGAUUACGAUAACAAUGGCUUUACUGGUAAUGGUCAAGGUGCAGCGAGGGGCAACGGUAACAAUAAUCGAAUAAUUAACACGGGCAACGAUUACGAUAACAACGACUAUACCGAUCGAGGGACAAGCAAUAACGGCUACGAUAAUAACGGCUACAAUAAUAAUAACAAUAACAACAACAACAACAACAACGACGGAGCUUACGGCCGGGUUGGUGGCAGAACAACAACUAACAAUUUGUCUAACGGAUACAAUCGUGUACAAAAUCGGCCGUUUCAAAAUUCAGGUGUCGUCAAUCGGCAGCCGGUGCAGAUACAGCAGGUUCAGGUGCGGCCGGUGGUCCAGCAGGUUCAGCAGGUUCAGCAGCAGCGUCCGGUCCAGGUGCGUCCGGUGCCGAUCGGGCCCGUGACGGGCAUCGGACUCGGGGUCACUUCCAUCAUCAACACAGUCGCUCAAGGCGUGACCUCGAUCAGGGGUGCGGCGGCGGCGCGCAAACGCAACCAGCGCAACGUCGUCGUGCCGGUCAAUCAGCAGCGAUUCGUCGUCGCCCAGCAGCAGCGGCGGCCGUCCGUGCGCGUCGUGGCCAAUCAACGGCCGAAGGUCAUCUACGGAUAG